GUGGUUGUUCUUCGUGUGAAAAUGGCAGCGUUCAGUUGGUCCGCAUUUAUCUUUGCAUAUUUAAUUAAUUUCGUGCAGGUUCUUGGAGAAUGGAACACAGAAGACUACCUUAAGCGAGAACACACACUCGUGAAACCGUAUCAAGGCUCUGGUGCUUCUAUGCCUUUAUGGGACUUUGUUGGUAGUACAUUGGUAACUAAUAGUUAUGUUAGACUAACAUCAGAUCACCAGAGUAGACAGGGAGGGAUAUGGAAUACACAGCCAUGUCAUAUAAAAAAUUGGGAAUUACAUGUACAGUUCAAAGUUCAUGGUUCAGGCAAAAAUUUAUUUGGUGAUGGAUUUGCAAUAUGGUAUACAAGAGACAGAAAUCAACUAGGCCCAGUAUUUGGAAACAGAGAUUUUUAUACUGGAUUAGCUAUUUUCCUAGAUACAUAUGCUAACCAAAAUGGACCACAUAAUCAUGAGCAUCCAUAUAUAUCAGCUAUGGUUAACAAUGGAUCAUUACAUUAUGAUCAUGACAGAGACGGAACACAUACAAUGGUAUCAGGAUGUGAAGCUAAAUUUAGAAAUAAAGAUUAUGAUACAUUUGUUGCAAUCAGAUACCAAGAUAAUGAACUCAAGGUUUCUUUAGAUGUUGAUGGUAAAAAUGCUUGGAAAGAAUGUUUUUCUGUUCAUGGCGUUAAAUUACCAUUAGGUUAUUUCUUUGGUGCCACAGCAGCAACAGGUGAACUAGCAGAUAAUCAUGACAUUAUAUCAAUGAAGGUUUACCAGCUAGAUACAAAUGCACCAGCUAAAUAUGAACCAGCUGCUUAUUCAGGAUUACCUUCUGCAGAUUCUAUGGAGGCUCCCAGAGAGCAUAUAUCAGAUGAAAAAAGAGGAGCUGGUUUAUCAGGGUGGAAACUGUUAGCAGUGAUAAUUUUAGCAAUCAUUGGAUUAGGUGUUUGUGCUAUAGUUGGAUUUAUCAUAUUUAAUAAAAAUCAAGAUUAUUCAAGAAAACGAUUUUACUGAUACCAUUGUACUUCUCUAGCUGUCAAUAAUCAGACUUUGUAAAUUAUUUACAAUAUUCCUCAGGGCUAUUCCUUUAAAUGUAUAGACUACUAAAAAUUCACAAUUUCAGAAAUUACUUCUAAAUUUUGCAUCUACAUGUAUAUGUUUAUAUAUUUUCUCAUAUUUGGCAUUUUUAAUAUAUAUGUAUACGUAUGAAAAGUUUCUCACUAUCUCUUGGAAUAGUCCUGACCAGCAUCAUCUGUUUUGUUCUCCAUCUGAAUGUAUUCUGUAGUUGGAUUCAGUAUCAUCAUUGUGGAUUGUUAAUAUUACCACAAGAUUUUUUAAUUGAAAAAAAUGGAAGUCAUAAUAUUUUGGUUUCCCUGAAAAUUGUGAAAAAUAUUACAUAAUUGAAAUCCAGUUCAAAUCAAAUAAGGAAACCACCCAAAUUUGAGGAUUGGAAAUACAUUCUAUGGAGUUUUUCUCAAAUUAAUUCUUCAAGUUGUGAAAUAGGUUAUGAUAAGGUUGAUAAAUAUAUCGUAUAUUAUGAAGUGAUGUCCAUUUGAGAAAUAUUUCAAAUUACAAUAUUUUUUUCCUGCUGAUCCAACAUUUUUACAUAAUUCAUUUAAUUUGAGGCAAAGAUUCAAAUUUUAAGAAAAAAUAUUAAGUAAUUUUUUAUUUUAUCACAUUCUAACUAAAAUUAUAUGAAAUCUAUUAUAUGUCACUUAUGUUAUAAAGAAAGAUAUUAAUGAGAAUAAGUAAGAAAAGGUUAUUUUCCUGGUAAAGAUAUAAAACUUAUCUAUCUAUCCUUGUGUAAAGUUUGUGUUAUUCAUGUGCUUACAAUUGAAGAGAAUAAGGUCUGCCUUGAAACCCAAACAUGUGUGUUUUAUCAAAGAUAUCAGAAAAUUGUUUAUAAAUAUUUGGUGCUGGAUGAUUAUCAUCUAUGUUAACAAUAUUUAAAAUUAUUUGUUAAAUACAUAGGUCCUAGAUGAAGUGUUAAUAGUUCUAAAAGUCAUUGCUGCUUUAGUCUUGUUGUUAGUGUAUGUUUUUUUUUUUACAUUUGGUAAUAUAUUACUGAUUUGAUAAAAGCAACAGUUGGUUCAACAUUUUAAUUUGAUGGUUUACAGAUUUUUGAUGUGAAAGAUUUGGGUCGGUCAGUCAAUAAAUAAAUGAAAAAUAUCUGGCAUGAAAUAGAUAUGUAUAGAAUUACUGUGUAAUUCAGCUUUAUUACAAUAUUUGUGUUCUAUUUUUUUGACAUUAUUCCUUAAAUAUUUUUGCCAGGUAACCUCACUUUUGAUAACUAAAUGAAUGGGGAAAAAAUUGUACAAUCUAUGAAACAAGAUGAUUCCAAAUUGUUUGUUUUUUUUUAUCAUGAUACUUUCAGCUUAAUGUCUUUCCCCUUUGUUGGGUCCAUUUUGUAUAUGAGAAUGUAGCAGUUUAUCCCCAAAUGGUCCAAUAUGAAAUCUGACAGAAUUAUGACAAAAAAGAAAAACAAACAUUUUGUAUAAGGCUAUUAGCAUAGGUUUCUGUUCUGUAAAAUUAUUUGCAUGAACAACAUUCCCAGAUCGUUUGGAUUGUUUUUGGAAUUUAAUAUUUUUAAGAACACAAACAUAUUUUAUUUCUUAGAAUAGAACGGAUGAUGUGUUAUCAUUUUUAACUGAACAUGAUAAAAUAAUGCACAUAUAAAUUAAAGGUAAAUAGUACUGACCAGAUAUAUUUAUUUAUUUUUCAGGUAUAUUGAAUUAGGUAGUGUAGGCAAGAAAAAAAAAAGCAUGAAAUUCAAAAAAAAAUUCUUUUCUGAAAAUUGUAAAAAUUAGGUCAGUUGAUCUGUAAAUCAUCAAAUUAUAAAACCGUUGCCUAAGUUAUAUAGGGAAUCCAUCCUAAGGUGAUGGGACAACCAUUAACUUAAAACCUUGUUGUUACUGUAACCUUAUUUUGUUCAUUGUGGUUUUAUAUUUAUUGGUUGGUUUAAAUGAUUUUAAUCUUGGGGUUUUUGAUUCCCUUGCCUUCAAUCAUUUGUUGUUAGGUUAUUUGUAUUGCUGGGUUGCUGCCAUAUUGACAUAUACAGCACAUGUUGUUUUAUUAAUAGUAAUACUAAGUUUUGUUGUGAAGAAGCUUAAUUUUGUAUUAUGUACUGUUUUAAAAUGCAAGUUAUAAAUUUUCUUUAGUGUAUGGCUAUUCAUCUAAUUUUAUUAAAAUUAAAAUGUAAUUUGCAUUUCUGUCAUUGCUCCAAAUCUACUAUUUCCAAAUUCAUACAAAAGUGAAUUGCCAUCCAAAAGACAAUUUUACCUAGCAAAUAAAUUUGAACCAAACUUCUUUUAAAAAAGAAGUCUACCAGAGUUAAAUUAAGAUUGUAAUUGAUUAUGAGCCUUACACAGCUCAUUACACAUGUUUUAAAUUUUGAUACUGUGUAACAGCUGUAUUAUAGAUUUGUUGUAACGGUCUUCACAAACGUGUAGAAAUAUCAGCACUAUACUAGAACCGGACAAAUGGACAAAUAUUAAGCUUGUUCUGCCAUUGAAUGGAAUUAACUUUUUUGCCAUAUAUUUAUUUGCCUCAACUGAGAUCAAAAGUUAUUCUUUGCAUACAUCAUUAGGACAAAUGGUGCAAAAUUGAGGUCAAUCUCAGUAUAAAAGUCUUUGAGUGCAAAAUUGAUAUAUACAAAACACUUGUAUAAUUUGCCAUAUUGAAUAGUUCUCAUUGUUUUAAUUAUUGUAUUAUUAAGGAACUUGACUAGUACAGUUUACUUUUAACAGUAUCUUUAAAAUAUUUUGCAUUGUGAAUACCAUAUACCUCUCAUCAGUCAGACAUGAAUAAUGAUAUGAGAAGUAUUCAUUUCCUGAGUGUAUAAUUGUUUAUUUUGUAUCAUUGAUAGCUGCUCAUUUUAUUGAAGAUGAUUUAAGUUUUUUUCAUUUAUCAGCUUACAUGUGUAUGAUUUGUUUGCUAUUUGAAUGACUGUACACAUAUAUACACACAAACACGCACACAUAUUUACAUAUGGAAAUUUGAAGGACAUAUUUUAAUCAAUUUUAAUUUGAUUAAUUUUAUUACUAACACUUUAUAUGAUAGUAUCAUUAACAUUAUGAUAUAAAAUAGUAUUAAGGCUUAUAGAUGAACCAAUAUCAGAUAGACAGAUGCGCAACAUAUUCUCAAAUUUGUAUUGCUUGUUCAAUUUUGAAGACCAUGUGAUGUAUUUUGGUGAAAUUGUUUUAUUGCAGUUAACUCGUAUCUCUAUUCAUUGACAUCAUACAACAAGCUAACUUAUUAGGGUGGGCAAAUAAUAUGUGAACUUAAAUAGUCCUGGAUAUGUCAUAUUUGGAUCUUUUAUUGUGAGUAUCCCUAGAUGUAACAGUUUAGGUUUAGCAGGAAGCCCUUGCUGAGACUUUUUGAAAUGGAGUUUCAUAAUUAUUUUUCAGCAUUUUUAGGCCCUACAGCAGCCAAAAUACUUUGUUCUCUUUUAGAUUCUUACAGAACAUUAUAAAUCUAACACAGAUAUACCAAGUGAAUAAUGCAGGCUCCUAGGAACCUUUGUUCUUGUUUUGUAUUCAAAAUGAUUUGACCAACAAGAAGUUUGAAAAAAAAAACCUCAUUUUGGAAAGGUUAUAACUGGAGUAAAGGGCUGUCAGUAAAACUGUCCAAUCAUAUCACAGCUUUUGAUUUUACAUGUGGAUGGAAAGGAUGUGAUGGUAUGCAAUUUCUUGAGUGUUAACUUUGCAGCUUUUUGAAUAAAACAAUGUUGGAAGUGUUAUGAAUGGACAUGUGAAGUCUAAAGCCAGAUUUUGUAUAGCCACCAAUGCAUGAGAAAUUUAAAUGCAAGGAUGAGUGAUAAAGAGAAUAUAAGUGGAAUAUGUGUUGCUGCUUUAUAGAUAUGUUAAUGUUAAUGUAGGAAAUACAUUGAUGUGUUUUUGUAGUAUUACUUAAAUUUAUAGACAAUGGUAUAUGUUUAAGGGUUUGGGUAAUAUUGUUUUGAAAGUUAUAUAUAUGAUUGAUUUAUAAAGUGAUAUAAUGAAUUCCAUGCAGUUUAAUCAGUUAUUAAAUGAUUUGUAUAAGUAUAA